GAUUAAUUAAUCAUCAUUAAUGUAGUUAUAAAUAGCAGCAAGAUUUCCAAAUACCCGUCUUCUUCCAGGGCUCCCAACUCCCAAAUCCCUCCACUGCUUUCUUGUUCCACCUUGUUCUCUGGAAUCCCCAAUUCGAACCCUAACCCUGGUUCUGGAAGGAAGCAGGCGGCCAUGCAGCAGAGCAGCAGAGAAAUGCAAGGGAUGGCGUCUUCGUUGAAUGGAAUACCAUCUUCCGCCGGCGUCGCGGCGGCCGCCGCCCAGAUCGCCCUCCAGGAGCUCCACAACGGGCACCGCCAGCAGCAGAUCCAGAACCCCAGCAUGCAGGUCCCAGCCGCCCACUUCGACCACUCCACCGCCGGCAGCGAGGCCGGCAGCCACGACGACUUCUUCGACCAGAUGCUCUCCAGCCUUCCCUCCUCCUGGCCGGACCUCGGCAACCCCAAGGUCCCCUGGGACCUGACCUCUUCUUCCAAUCCGAAUGGCCUCGCCGGGAAAUCGCCCGAGGAGUCCGCCACUGCAGCGGCGGAGGGGCUCCAAUACGCGCCGUACGAUGAGUCCUUGUUGCUGGCUUCCCGGCUCCGGCAGCACCAGAUCAGCGGCGGGAGUUCGCCGGCGGGGAAGCAGAUGCUGCUCCAGCUUAACCACCCGCACCAACAGCAGCAGCAGCAGCAGAUGCUGCUGCAAGGCAUGGGGAGAUCUCCGGUGGCCACCAGCGGUGGGGAUUCCGGGCUCCUCCCGAUGCCGCUGUCCCUAGGGAGCGCCGGCUCGGCCGAUUCCCGCCUUCUCGUGGACAGAUCUCGAGACGAACUCGACCCUUCGUUCAGAUCCAAUCCCACCGGAGGAGAAGGGCUGUACAACGGAUUCGGCGGAUCGCUUCAGGGAGGGGCUCAAGCAGCCCCCCAACAGCAUUUCCACCAUCCUCAGGGUCCUUCGAUGCCGGCCCAGAACUUCGGAGGGGCGCCGUCGGCCGGGGUGGGGCAGGCGGGGGCCGCCGGUGGCGGUACGGCUCCGCCGAGGCAGCGGGUGCGAGCGAGAAGAGGCCAGGCCACGGAUCCCCACAGCAUCGCCGAACGACUUCGCAGGGAGAGAAUCGCAGAGAGGAUGAAAGCUCUCCAGGAGUUGGUGCCAAACGCCAAUAAGACGGACAAGGCGUCGAUGCUGGAUGAGAUCAUCGACUACGUGAAAUUCCUCCAGCUCCAAGUCAAGGUGUUGAGCAUGAGUAGGUUAGGCGGUGCAGCGGCGGUCGCCCCAGUUGUGUCCGAUAUGCCUUCGGAGAGAUUGGCGGUCCAGGGGCAGAGCGGGCGCAGCGGGAUCAACGGCGCGGCAGGUAACGACAGCCUAACGGUAACGGAGCACCAGGUGGCGAAGCUAAUGGAGGAGGACAUGGGGUCGGCGAUGCAAUACCUCCAGGGGAAGGGCCUCUGCCUCAUGCCCAUCUCCCUGGCCUCCGCCAUCUCCUCUGCCACCUGCCACCCCCGCCCGGUUGCCGGAAACGGCGGAGGGAUCCACCACCUCAACCCCGGUUGCCUCAUCCCGGCUCCACCACCUUCCAAUCACAACAACCCAGCAGUUGGUUCUGGCGCCGGCGGAGGCGGCGACGGCCCCUCCUCGCCGAGCAUGUCCGUACUUACGGUGCAAUCCGCGAUGGCUAACGGCGGCGACACCGACGUCUCCCGGACCUCCGUCAAGGACGCCGCCUCCGUCUCCAAACCCUAAGCCAAGGUCCUCAAAAGACGGGAAGGAAAAGAGAAGGCCUUUUGGUUCUAUGUAUGUGGGUGGGGGAAAGAAUGGAGGACGUCAAACGGAGGAGUCUACGGAAAUAAGGACGUCGGCGCUUUGACGGCCGUAUUUGCUUAGACUUGGAGGAAGGCGUCAACCGCCCCACAGCUCCGCUUUUCUACCUUUUUCUCCAUCAGCUUUUUUUUUUUCCCUUUACUUUCUCUCUGUAUCAAACUUUUUUUUUUCUUUCCCAUCUUUACUAAGCCUACUUUUGGGUUUAAUUUUUAAUCGAAGUUUGUCGUUUUA